GUGGAUGAGGAGGUUCUUAGCGGGCUAUAUUCAGUAGUACAACGGAUGGUCACUGAGACCACAGCUACACUUCUUGAGAUGGAUGCAUUUAAUAAUGCAUCAGGGGCAAUCUUUGCCAGCCAAUUGUGCAAAGAGGGUCGGACAAAAUUGCAGCCAGAUAGAUGGUGGCAAAUGUUUGGGCCUUCAACCCCAAACCUUCAAAAAAUUGCCAUCCGCAUAUUGAGCCAACCGUGCAGCGCUUCUGGAUGUGAGCGCAACUGGAGCAUGUUCGAGCACAUCCACUCGAAGAGGCGAAAUAGAUUGUCUGUGGAGAGGUUGAAUGAUCUAGUCUUUGUUCAUUACAACCUCCGUCUCAGGACCAGACAGAUUUUGGACGAUGACUCCUCUCCGAUCACUCUAGAGGAAGUCGACCCCGAGUCCGAUUGACUCACUGAGUCCACCGAUCCAGUCUUCACUGAUGAGGACCUUGAGUGGGUUGACCAGGCAGACAGAGAGGCUGAGGCUGUGGCUAUGGCAGAGGAGGAGGAUAGAGCACGAUCAGGCACAACACCUAUGGCUACUCAGACUGGCACAUCACAGGCAGAGACUAUGGCUACUCAGUCAUCCAGG